AAUUUUCGGAGGAAGAAUUAUGUGUCUCGUCAGGGUGAUAAUAUAUGGAAAUACCUGACUGAAUUGGCGGGAUUGAUGACGCUCUUGUACGCAUUAAGUCUAGUACUCUACUUUCGGGCCAACCCCCCUUUUGGGCCACUUUCCUUACCAAAAAUGACAACAGUCAAUAUUUAUAAGUGA